CUUUCCCCAUAACCCCCAAACCCAAAAGGCCAAAACAAAACCACGCGCAUACUCCCAAAUCAUAGUUCAUUUCAAUUCAAGCCCCAGAAUUCUCUCUCUUACCCAUUUGAAUCUGAAUUUGAUUUUUCUUUUUUUCGUCCAAGUCAUUCAAAUUAGGGGAUUCUUUUGACAGCUUGGUCAUGGAAAUCCUUCUCCCUUUUCACACUUGCAAGACAAAUCCACUUCCUAUUCACGGGCUAGCCUUGCGCUAGCUCUCACCCUUUUCCCCAUUUCUUCUUGGCUUCUCUCCCUUUUUCGCUAUUUCCCAUUUUCCCUCUUCUAUAGCUGCUGCUCUCUCCUCCAAAGCUUUCUUUUGAGCUUACUGUUCAUGGGGUCCUGCCUCAGUGCUAGGAUUAAAGCUGAGAGCCCUCUUCACAACGGGUUGAGCUCCAAGUAUGCAAGAGAUGGAAAUGAUAAAGGUAAUUCAACCAGCAAGUCAUCUGUCUCGACCCCUCGGACCCCUCGAACGGAGGGCGAGAUCUUGCAGUCCUCCAACUUGAAAAGCUUUGCGUACAAUGAGCUUAAAACUGCCACUCGAAACUUCCGGCCUGAUAGUGUCUUGGGUGAGGGUGGUUUUGGUUCUGUCUUUAAGGGGUGGAUUGAUGAGCAGUCCUUUGCAGCUACCAAGCCUGGGACUGGCUUAGUCAUUGCAGUUAAAAGACUCAACCAGGAAGGUUUUCAGGGUCACAGAGAAUGGCUGACAGAAAUUGACUAUCUAGGCCAGCUGCAUCAUCCUAAUCUUGUGAGAUUGAUUGGCUUUUGCUUAGAGGAUGAGCAUCGACUUCUCGUAUAUGAAUUUAUGCCCCGGGGCAGCUUGGAAAAUCAUUUAUUUAGGAGGAGUUCUCACUUUCAACCUUUAUCAUGGAGCCUCCGAAUGAAAGUUGCCCUUGGUGCUGCUAAAGGUCUAGCUUAUCUACAUAGUGAUGAAGCGAAAGUAAUAUAUCGGGACUUCAAAAGCUCUAAUAUCCUACUUGAUUCGAACUAUAAUGCAAAACUCUCUGAUUUUGGAUUAGCCAAGGAUGGGCCUACAGGUGACAGAAGUUAUGUUUCUACAAGGGUAAUGGGAACAUUUGGCUAUGCAGCUCCUGAAUAUAUGAUCACAGGUCAUCUCACGGCCAAGAGCGACGUAUACAGUUUUGGAGUUGUUCUUCUCGAGAUCCUAUCGGGGAGACGAGCUAUAGACAAAAACCGACCAUCUGGUGAACACAACCUUGUGGAAUGGGCAAAACCCUACCUCACUAGCAAACGAAGAGUUCUUCAAAUGUUGGACGUACGAAUUGAAGGCCAAUAUUCAACAGGAGGAGCGCUGAAAGCAGCUAAACUUGCCAUUCAAUGUAUAUCGACGGAACCCAAGUUAAGACCGAACAUGAAUUCAGUAGUGAAAGCAUUGGAGCAACUUCAGGAUUCGAGUGAAACAAGUGGAUCAAGGGGCCCUGUAAGCGAACCAAUAACAAAUAACAAAGCUGUUUCUUAUCCUAGACCAUCAGCUUCAGUGCUAAAUCUAUAGGAAAUGGGACACGAAAGAAGAACAUCGACGAACCGGUUAACAUUUCAGCCGAACCAAGGAUGUAAAGAUUGUAUUUGGAUGAUCUCCUCAUGUUUGUACUGAAACAUUGUACAGUUUCUUCUUUUCAAUUUGGUUAAUUAUCCCCAGAAUCAGUCCCCCCCCUAUGUUUUCCUGUUUCUGGCUUUGAUAAGAAUAAGAUUUGAUUCCACUAA